UAGCCAUUGAUAGAAAACCCGGACAUUGUAAGCACGUCUAAAACUUCUUCAUGUGACAGUGAGUCUAAACUCCACCUGAACUGCUGAACUGAACAUUAAAAAUCUUUGCAAAGGACUUUAACUGCUAAAGCAGAAGAAAACGAGUCUGUGGACAUCAGGUUUUCUACAAUGUCUGCAAUAUGGGAGGAAGUCCCGAGAGAUGAAAAUCUGAUCAAACAUCUUCAGGAGAUUGCUAAAGACACAGCACUUUUACAUGGAGUGUUGAUGCGGACCAAAGAAUCUCCAAACUCACCUGAGGUGGUGAGUUAUGCACCGUUCACAUUGUUUCCCACACGAGUGCCCAGGACUGUUUUUAAUCAGGCACUGGCAGUGCAAACACAUUUUAAUCGUCUGGUGGACCAGGUCAGUCAGGACCCUGCGUUUUUAGAGGAAACUCUGGCAAGCACCAUCAAAGUUGAUGAUUUUACAGCCAGACUUUUUAGCAUAUACAGAGAAGUUCGACGGGAAAGUCAACUCCAGAAGGUAGUUCUGGGUCUAAAUCGCUCAGACUACAUGUUAGACCAGAGUCCAGAUGGUAGGACGUCCCUAAAGCAGAUUGAAAUCAACACCAUUGCUGCAAGUUUUGGUGGUCUUGCUUCACGGACACCAGAUGUCCAUCGUCACAUUCUGAAGGUUGCAAACCAGUUAGAGGAACGAAAUCAAAUUCUGGACAACAAUCCAGCAGAAGGUUUGGUGAGAGGUUUGGCAAAGGCCUGGGAGCUCUAUGGAUCUGAGAGAGCAGUGGUGAUGUUUCUGGUUGAGGAAGUCCAGAGGAACAUUUAUGACCACCGAUAUGUAGAAAAUGAGCUGUGGAAAAAAAACAUUCCUGUUAUCAGAAGACAGUUUGAAGAUGUUUGCAGAACUGGAUCUCUAGACCAAAGCAGGAAACUUUUUGUAGAUGGCAGAGAGAUUGCUGUCGUUUAUUUCCGUAACGGAUACAUGCCUCAAAACUACACAUCAGAGCAGAGUUGGGACGCACGUCUGAUGAUGGAGCGCUCUCUGGCUGUGAAAUGUCCAGACAUCAGCACCCACCUUGCUGGUACCAAGAAGGUCCAGCAGGAGCUGGCCCGACCAGGGGUACUAGAGCGCUUCUUCCCUGAUGAACCCGAAACAGUUGCUCAGAUCCGGGCCACUUUUGCUGGACUGUACACCUUGGACAUGGGAGAAGAGGGAGAUAAAACAGUGGCAAUGGCUUUAGCCAAUCCUGAUCGAUAUGUGCUUAAACCUCAGAGGGAGGGGGGUGGUAAUAACAUAUAUGGCCAGGAAAUCUGUGAGGUGCUGGAGAAGUUAAAGGACUCAAGAGAAAGAUCUGCAUAUAUCCUAAUGGACAAGAUCCAGCCUAUCCCAGUGCAGAACUACCUGCUCCGGCCAGGAGAUCCUAUCAGACUCAAAUCCUGUCUGAGUGAGCUGGGUGUGUUUGGAGCGUACGUCAGGAAAGGCAAAGACAUGCUGUUUAAUGAAUGUGUGGGACAUUUGCUGAGGACCAAGAGCUCUGAAUAUGCAGACGGUGGUGUGGCUGCAGGAGUUGCCGUUUUGGACAACCCACUGCUUUUCUGAACUACACUGCCACCAAGUGGACACAAAGAGAACUACAAUCAGACAAAAGUACAAACGGCACAACAUCACGGAUGUCAUGAACAUAAUUUUACCAUACAAAUAAAAAAGUACAAAAUUACAAAAGGUUCACUGUACAUUAUAAGAAAUUACACAUUUUCUGUGAAUCAAAAUUUUUAUAUUCACCUGACAGCAAUUUAUCAAUUUAGUUAAAACAAUUUACAGUAACAGAUUACGACACAAAGGUCAACAUUUUGCAGAUGGUUUUAUUUUUUGGUACCCUUACAAUAUGUAAUGUUCUUUGCGCUGGUAAAGUUGAUCGAUCAGCUUGGUCAUCUGCAUUUUCUUGAUCAGAUUUGGGCUCGUAUUGACAAGGUAGUAAAGACGAUAUUAACUCCUGUCCUGAUAGUAUAUAAUGUACAGUGAACCUUUUUUGUAAUUUUUUAUUUGUAUGGUAAAAUGAUGUUCAUGACAUCAUGACAUCCAUGAUGUUGUGCCGUUUGCACUUUUAUUUUAUUUUAUGUUGAUUAAAAUAUGAUGUUUAAAAAGGGUAGGCAUUAUAAGCAAGGGCUUCAGCCUACACCUGUUUCAGACUGAAGCAUAUAUUUGGUUGCUUGUUAGCUCAACAGUGUUGACUGUCAGUCUGAAAUAAAUAAGUCAUUCAAAUCAAAUAUUGCAUUGGGAGCUGAUUUUCCAAAGAAACGACAAGCAGUAGCAGAGCGACGCGAUCUCAUUCAUUUCAAUGGAAACCUGGCGACUUCCGGCGACACGAGCGAAAGUGACCGUUGGCGACCGUAUGGGCGUGUCUAGCGACGUGAGAAAGUUAAGAAAAGUUGAACUUUAUGCAAAUGUUGAGCGACUUUCGGGAGCGACUACCAAUGAGAACGAAGCAGUGGAGUUCACGUCAUCCUUCUCUCGUCAGUUACUGGAGUGGAUCGUACUCAUUUGUUUAUGACAAGCAGAUUUAGAAACGCCUCUUUGAAAGAGACGGGCGACACACAGCGACAACAUCGCUGGCUGUCUGAAUGCGGCGUAAGGAGCGUCACAUUCCGGCACACGCUUGAGUUUUUUGGCCAAUCACAACGCACUGGAUAGCUGGCCAAUCGAAGCGCACCGCGCUUUUUAAAAUGACAAGCUUUGAGGUUAUGCUUUGGCAUCACUUUUCCACGUGACCACGCAGGAGCUCGCCCGGUUGAGUGGUAAAAUGGCUGGCUGUUCUACUGGAGGCCACGAAAAUGUCAGUAUAAUUGACAAUUAUCAGCAAAAAUUGUAUUUAGUUGGACUAGCAACUUGUCAACCCACCUGUGGUCAGUGGACCUUGGCAUGAACGAACAUUUACUUCUCCUUUCUGUGUUUUUUGGCAGUCUGUAAAACGAUAGCUCUAAAGUCUUGUUAAAUCUGUUAGUACAGUCUAUCGCACAACAGCUUUUUCCCAUUUAGAAGGGUUUUCCCCUAUGGCUGUUUCUCAAUUCCAAGAAUGCAAAGAACGGACUUGCGUCCUCGUGGAAAUUGGUCUUGCCAGGCGACAAUGGAAGAUCAAUCCAGAAGGUCGGGAGAACACAGAAUGCACUUGUGAGAAUUGAGAUGUGUGCGAUCUUCCGUUGGUCACAUCCAUCAUCGAUAUCAAGAACUCAUCCGGGUAUUUUCAUGCAUCCUCUGUACUUGUGUUCUUAAGAAAUGGAACUUAACUUCGAUAGUUAAUGAUGACGUAACGCGAGAACACAAGGAAACAAGAUCGCUGAAGAACGCAUAUUGAGAAACAGCCUAUGAUUUUCCCAGUGUUUUCGCUGAUUUCACACUGUACACAAAUUAUACUAUGAGGGUGUACCCCAAACCACUCAUUGACAAAACAAGAACAACACAGACGUGGCACCUUAUUUAUAAGGCCCACAGACUGAUUGCUAUUUGAAGAUUUGUGUGAAGGAGUAUCAAACAAGUGCUUCAGAGAUUUCAUACUGAUCUAGGUAGUUUCUAAUAGUUAGGAAUAGAUGAUUUCUGUUUGGUUACCAUAGCUAAAACAAUAGAGUUUGGACUGCUUAAAUGGCAACCGUGUUUGCAAAAGGGUGGGGAAAAUGUGUCAAUCCAAUGAGAAAGAGUUAACACAUUUGCAAGACGUGUCUUCUGCUCUGCUGAGAUAGAUAGUGAUGAUGAAAACUGAGUGGAUCCUAGUUUCUUUAACAAGUCAAAGCAAUCAAGAAAAACUGUAAAUUCAAGGUUACACUGUCUGUCGUUACAUUAUGUAGGAGGAUUUUAUGUAGAAACCAGUAAUGUUAUGACUUUUAGCUGGGUUUUCACAGGCAGGUUCACACAUUUUUUUCUUGGUAUAGAUUACCUACACCUGGGCAAAUAAAUAAAUAAAUGUAAUUCUGGUCAAACAU